UAUUAAUGAGCUUGGACGAUGUGAAGGAAUGUCUGUUGGUGAUGACAGCUAAUGACAACUAAGUCAAGAGCUCAGGUUGAAGCACUGAAACUUGCCAUAGAGAGCGAGCGGCAGCGUGUGAAGAGUGCGAGUGGCACUACACUACGGCAUGCUUUCAAAGAGCCAGGAUCAACGAUCCCGCGAGAGCAACGGCUGCUAGAGGGCCAUUUGGGGAAAAUUUACGCCUUGCACUGGUCGGGCAACGGGUUAGCAUCGGUGACGUAGAUAUGAGGGGGCCAGAAAUAUUUAUUAGUGCGUGGUAGGCACAACAUCGUUAGUGCUUCUCAGGAUGGAAAAAUUAUCAUUUGGAACAGUCAAACCACGAAAUUAUAUUUGGGGCCUGCCCACUCUUCUUGGGUGAUGACGUGUGCUUUUGAACAACAGAGAAACGAGAUGGUAGCGUGUGGCGGACUGAAUAACUUAUGCUACAUAUACAGAACAGAUCAUGGACAAGUAAUGCGUGCCAUGUCCGAACUCGCAGGUCACGAUGCCUACCUUUCCUGUUGUCGAUUCGUAGAUGAAUGCUCAAUCUUGACAACUUCAGGAGAUUCCGUUUCGAUCUUAUGGGACAUAGAGCAAGAUGAGAGCAUAAUGCGAUUUGUGGAUCACACGGGUGAUGUCAUGAGUGUCGCACUAGAUCCAAAUUCGCCGAGACUGUUUGUGACUGGUUCCUGUGAUUCUACAGCCAAGCUAUGGGACUCCAGGGUCCCUGGUCUUCCACUUAUGACUUUCACGGGCCACGAUUCCGACAUAAAUUCUGUUGCCUUUUUUCCUGAUGGUAAGACUGUUGGGACAGGAUCUGAUGAUUCUACUUGUCGAAUAUUUGACCUGCGCUGCACGAUGAGCAUAAACAUAUUUAGAUCGGCAAAAAUAGUCUGCGGAAUCACUUCAGUUGACUUCUCGCGAUCUGGCCGUAUCCUUUUUGCUGGGUGCGGUGACUUCAAGACACACUGCUGGGAUGUAACGAGUAUCGGGUAAGUGUGAUAUCUACACUACAACGCUAUUAUCCCUGUGUUACAGGCAACUCCAGCAGCACUGGACUUUGACUGGCCAUAGCAAUCGUAUUUCCUGUUUAGGCGUGAGCCCAACAGGCGAGGCUCUUUGUACCGGAUCCUGGGAUACAUUGCUCAAAGUUUGGUGUUAAUUCACACACGGGCCAUAUUGAUACGACCCCGGGGUGGUGCUCAGGCUGUUUGAAUUUCCAGAGACUGGGGCUCAGACGUCACAGUUCCCACCUGAAGCCGGGGCUGACGCCUAAGUUGAGCAAUUGGGGCGAGUGCAUGGGGUGUUACGGAGGUUAUUGCGGUCGUGCCCGGCGGCCCGGGGCCUGGGCCGCUCGGGCGGCAGCCGAGCACUUCAAGUGGCCCGGGGUAGCAAUCAUAUGAAGGGGUA